AGGCAAUGAGAACAUCAAGCGCUUUCUGUGUUGCUGGCUGGCUAGCCAUUUACUUUGCUAAGGGGUCUUUAGCUCUGGACAUUGGAAGAGUAGCAACAGGAUAUGGAAUGGGAGUCUUUUCCUAUGUGGUACCUGUAUUUAUAGCUGAAAUAGCACCCAAGAAUCUGCGAGGAGCAUUGACUACCCUAAAUCAGCUCAUGAUUGUAUGUGGUGUCUCUGUUUCCUUCAUUAUUGGGACAGUGCUGUCGUGGAGAGCUUUAGCAUUAACAGGACUAAUUCCAUGUGCCAUUCUGAUUUUUGGUCUCUUUUUCAUCCCAGAGUCUCCGAGAUGGUUGGCAAAGGUGGGGCAACGAAAAGAGUUUGAAGCUGCAUUACAGAAACUGCGGGGCAAGGAUGCUGAUACAUCUCAGGAGGCAGCUGAAAUCCAAGUUCGUAUUUUUAAAUUCUAAGGCUGUGUUUGGAUCAUAUAUUUGGAUAGGAAUUUGGAAAAGGAAAGCAAAGGAAAGGAAAAUGCAAGGGAAAUGAAGAAAAAAAAUUAGCUUAUGUUCCAUUCACAUUUCUCUUACA